AUGAACGAAACAGAGCCACUAUUGGCUCAGCAGAUCGCUCAAAGUGAAACGGUGUGCGAUGACAACACGGCGGUCGCGGCGCGUCGCGCUUCGGUCAGGUCCUACACUCUUUCUGGCGGGAAUGCCAAUAGUGCUGACAAUGGAUCCACCGUGCAACAUGACGAUAUGCUGACUCCUGCAAGAGCCAAAGUCAUGGUCGCUACGCUCUUUGUAGGUAGCUUCCUCGCGGCGCUCGAUAUGACGGUCGUCGCUACGUUGCUUCCCAGCAUUGCAUCGGACCUGUCGGCAAGUUCCCAGAUGUCGUGGAUUGCUACCUCUUAUCUUCUGUCUUGCAGUUCCUUCCAGCCUAUGUACGGAAAACUGUCGAAUGUGCUAGGUCGUCGCGAGCUUCUGGUUACUUCUAACUUGGUGUUCGCGCUUGGGUGUUUCCUAUGUGGCUCUAGCUUUUCGAAGGACAUCUGGACCCUCUCUGUGGCCCGUUUCGUGGCCGGAAUUGGAGGUGGUGGUAUGUCCACACUUAUGACCAUCGCCGUCAGUGAUAUUAUUCCUCUGCGGCAGCGGGGUAUCUACCAAGGCAUUGGGAACAUUUUCUUCUCCUUGGGUAGUGCGUCGGGCUCUAUUCUUGGCGCUGCUCUGCAGAGAACCGUUGGUUGGCGUUGGGCGUUCUUGGUACAGGUGCCUGUUGCGCUAGUCAGCGCACUGCUCGUGUAUCGGAUCUUUAGACUCCCAGUUCAUUCGCCUGGCCGGGGAGUUGUAUGGCUUGAGAUCAAGCAAACAGGAUCCUUUCAGUGGUCGCGGAUCCCGCAAAUGAUCGAUUUUAUUGGCUGUGCUUCUUUGGUCGCCACUAUGCUUAUACUUAUGGUUGCCAUCACAUUUCUCUCAGAUCCUUCAAGCCUCGGACUUGCCAAAUGGGCGGCGCUGCUGGGUACCUUAGCCUUGGCCGCUACUAUCUUCAUUCGCACCGAACUUCGGGUCGAAAAUCCAGUAGUUCCCUUGCACCUAGUGUUCCGCAACAUAACAGUGUUGUCGUCAUCGCUUACAAACUGGUUUCAUACAAUGGCCAUGUUCGCUGCCAUGUACUAUAUGCCCGUCUUCUGGCAAAGCGUCUACAAGCUGAGUCCAUGGCAGGUGGGGCUACGGUCUAUCUCUAGCUUUAUUGGUAUUUCCAUCGGAUCUGUGGCAUCUGGUAUUUAUAUGAAAAGGACUGGCAAGUAUCGAGCCUUUUCUUUGAUACUGUACAGUCUUUUUGUCUUUGGGAUGCUAACCCUUCUCCUCUCGACCUAUUCUCCUAAACCAUUCGGGUACGUGGAUUACAUCAUUAUGUUUCUACCAGGUCUUGGGUACGCAACCAUGCUCACUAUCACUUUGUUAGCCUUGAUCGCAAGUGUCGACUUCGUGCAUCAAGCCCAAGUCACUUCAAUUCAGUACGCUUUCAGAGCCACCGGUUCAACAUUUGGAGUAUCCAUAGCGGGUUUGCUGUAUCAGGCUGGUCUUGAAUACAAGCUCAAUAGUACUGUUUUAAAGAAUCAAGAAAUGCUUUCUAAGUACGGUGUGGAACAGUUAAGGAAGUGGUGCCAAAAAAUUAUGGAAGAUAAUCUUUUCGACACGUCCUUUGACAGCACUCUACAGAGCGCCUCUACUGGAUCAUUUAUGUUCGGCAGUCAAGCUGCUAUUGGCUUUGCCUUAAUUGCGGCAGCGUUCGGUCUUUUUGCGAGUUUCUUCACGAGAGAACAUGUCUUGCAUACAUCCGUUCCAGGAAACUAA